AUGCAGUUCUUGUCGCGUUGUAUCGGCGCCUCUGUGCGCCUUGCCGCCCGCACGCGCCAGCUUCGACUUACUGCCCUCCCUUCCUCUGUGUGCCCAUGCGUGUGCGUGCGCGUCAUCCCGCAGGUGGUGGAGGUGGUGCAGCGCUACGACGACAGCUGCGUGCCGGCCGGCACGGACGGCGUGGCGUACAUUCAGAACGCGUCCGUGGUGAAGAAAUGCGACAUCCGGAUCACCGUCAGUCGCCCCUCCGCGUUUCCCUCGCCCGCACUCCCCUUAGUCACUCUCCUGUCUCUCGCUCUCUCACCGCUUCCAGUUCACCCACUAUUUGAACUGUUCCUUCGUGGCCUCAUUCAUCCAUUCAAAUCGCAUCUCGCUGCUCCCAACCGUUGCUCGUUCUCCUUGAUCCGCCCGUCACGCGCGUGCUGGCCGCCGUGCAGGUACGUGAAGAGCCGCAGUGACAGCCAGCUGCGGGGCACCAACAUCAGUGGCAGCGACUUUGACGUGUGCCAGCCAGAGGCGUACCUGUGGGACAACUCGUCCCUCGCCCAUCCGGCCGUGCGGGCUGGUGGCGUGGUCGCUGUUCAACGACUCGUACGCCAUCACGGCCGCGGGCAGCGGGCAGCAGCUGGCCAUCGACAGCAGCAACAUCGCUCGGAGAAUCUGAUGGUGUGGAUGCGCACAGCAGCGCUGCCCACGUUCCGCAAGCUGUAUGGGCGCAUAAACACGCCGCUGGAGGCGGGCAGCACGCUGGCGGUGGUGCUGCAGAACAACUACAACUCCUACGAGUACGGCGGCCAGAAGGCCCUCGUCCUCUCCACCGCCAGCUGGCUGGGCGGCGCCAAUGGCUUCCUGGGCCUCGCCUACCUCACAGUAGGGGGGCUCUGCUUCCUCCUCGGCAUCCUCUUCUUCGUCCUCCUCUUCACAAAUCCAAGCUAG